GUCCGCAGGCCUCAACUCUCCUGCUAAGGCCAACUCCAUGGAAAAGAAACUGCACCUUAAAAGCAAAGAACUACAAGAAACUCAAGACAAAUGUCACAAGAUGGAGCAGGAGAUCUCCAGGUUCCAGCGUAAAAUGACUGACCUGGAGUCAGUACUCCAUCAGAAGGAUGUGGAGCUGAAGGCGUCUGAGACUCAGAGGAGCAUCCUGGAGCAAGACCUCGCCACCUACAUUACUGAGUGCAGCAGCCUGAAGCGAAGCUUGGAGGAGGCACGUGUGGAGGUUUCCAGAGAGGAUGACAAAGCCAUGCAGCUGCUGCACGACAUCCGCGAACAGAGCAACAAGCUGCAGGAAAUUAAAGAGCAAGAGUACCACGCCCAGCUGGAGGAGAUGCAGGUGUCCAUCAGGCAGCUGGAGGAGGACCUCUCAGCUGCCCGACGCCGCAGUGACCUCUACGAAGCUGAACUUAGAGACUCCAGACAAACAAGUGAGGAACUAAAAAGGAAAGCUGUGGAAUACCAGCAGAGAAUCCAGAAGGCCAAAGAGCAGGGCAAAGCUGAGGUGGAGGAGCUUCUCUCCAAACUUGAGAAGACUAAUUCUGAGCAGCAGGUGAAAAUCCAAGAGCUCCAGGACAAACUGUCCAAGGCAGUGAAAGCGAGUACAGAAGCCACUGAGCUGCUGCAGAAUGUCCGUCAGGCCAAAGAGCGGCUGGAACGAGACUUGGAGCGCCUGCGAGGCAAAACCGACUCAAGUGACACUUUAAAACGGCGCCUGAGAGAGACAGAGCAGGAGGGCAGGAAGACCCUGGAGAAUCAGGUAAAAAGGUUGGAGAUGGUUGAGCGGCGGGAGAAUAAGCUGAAAGAUGACAUUCAGACCAAAUCCCAGCAGAUCCAGCAGAUGGCUGAAAAGAUCCUGGAACUGGAGGAGAACCUGCGGGAUGCCCAGUCAACAGCCCAGAGGAUGGAAACCCAACUGGUUCAAAAGGAGAGGCUUUAUGAAGACAAGAUCAAGGUUCUGGAGGCCCAGAUGAAGGCAGAUCUGGCUGAUAAGGAGAGCCUCGAGGCCAGAAGAGCCCAGCAAGAGGAGGAGUCAAGGGAGAACUGUAAACUUAUCAGUGAACAGAAAGCAACCAUUAAUGCUAUGGAUUCCAAGAUGAAGAACCUGGAGCAACGCAUCGCUGAGCUAUCAGAGGCUAACAAGCUGGCUGCUAACAGCAGCAUCUACACCCAGAAGAAUAUGAAAGCUCAGGAGGAGAUGAUCUCAGAGCUACGGCAGCAAAAGUUCUAUUUGGAGUCUCAGGCAGGCAAGCUGGAGGCCCAAAAUGCCAAACUGGAGGAGCACCUGGAGAAGAUGAGUCAGCAGGAGCAGACCAAGAGGACCCGGCUGCUGGAGCUGGAGAGCAGGCUGCGGGAGAUGGGCCUCGAACAUGAAGAAGAGAAGCUGGAGAUCAAGAGACAGGUGUCGGAGUUGACCCUCUCCCUGCAGGAGCGUGAGUCCCAGAUUAGCAGCCUGCAGGCUGCGCGUCUUGCCCUGGAGAGCCAGCUGCAGCAAGCAAAGACCGAGCUGGAGGAGACCACCGCUGAGGCUGAGGAAGAGAUCACCGCCCUCAGGAACCACAGAGACGAAAUUCAGCGCAAGUUUGAUGCCUUGAGAGACAGCUGCUCCGUGAUCACUGACCUGGAGGAGCAGCUUACACAGCUUAGUCAAGAAAAUGCUGAGUUGAACCGCCAGAACUUCUACCUGUCCAAACAACUUGACGAAGCGUCAGAUGAGAGGGAGGACCAGCUACAGCUCAGCCAAGAAGUGGACAGGCUGAGGAGGGAGGUGGCUGACCGCGAGAUGCACCUCAACAAUCAGAAACAGAACAUUGAGACACUGAAGACAACCUGCAGCAUGUUGGAGGAGCAGGUGGUGGAGCUGGAGUCCCUAAACGACGAGCUGCUGGAAAAGGAGAGGCAGUGGGAGGCUUGGAGAGCGGCCCUGGAGGACGAAAAAAGCCAAGCCGAGAGACGCACCAGGGACCUGCAGAGACUGCUGGACAAUGAGAAGCAGAAUAGACUGCGUGCGGACCAGCGUAGCACUGAGUCUCGCCAGGCAGUGGAACUCGCAGUCAAAGAGCACAAGGCUGAGAUACUCGCCUUACAACAGGCUUUGAAGGAGCAGAGACUGAAGGCUGAAAGCCUGUCUGAUACUCUCAAUGAUCUGGAGAAGAAGCACGCCAUGCUGGAGAUGAACGCCCGCAGCUUACAGCAGAAACUGGAGACCGAGAGAGAACUGAAACAGAGGCUAAUGGAAGAGCAAGGGAAGCUGCAACAGCAGAUGGACCUCCAGAAGAGCCACAUUUUCCGUCUGACCCAAGGCCUCCAGGAUGCCCUGGACCAGACCGACAUGCUCAAAACUGAGAGGACUGAUCUGGAGUACCAGCUGGAGAAUAUACAGGCUGUUUACUCCCACGAGAAAGUGAAGAUGGAGGGGACCAUCUCCCAGCAGACCAAACUCAUUGACUUCCUCCAGGCCAAAAUGGACCAGCCCACCAAGAAAAAGAAGGGUAUAUUUGGGCGGCGGCGGGAGGAUGUAGGUACCACGACUAACGGAGCGCUGGCUCCACAGCCCCAGCCGGCAGUUCCCAUGCAGUACAGUGACAUGAAACUUGCUUUGGAAAAGGAACGUUCAAGGUGCACCGAGCUGGAAGAGGCUCUGCAGAAGAUGAGGAUAGAGCUACGGUCCCUUAGAGAAGAGGCAGCUCAUUUCAAAGCCCAAGAACAUGUGGCUCCUUCCACACCAGCCCAGGCCCGCCAUCAAAUCCUCAUGUCGGCCAUUGUCAAAUCCCCAGAACAUCAACCUAACCCCAGCAGUUUGCUCAACCCCUCCACCCGCUGUAAGGAGACUUCUACCCCUGAAGAGUUUGGUCGUCGUGUGAAGGAGAGAAUGCACCACAACAUCCCUCAUCGUUUCACUGUGGGGCUCAACAUGAGGGCUGCCAAGUGUGCCGUCUGCCUGGACACUGUGCAUUUUGGACGACAGGCUGCCACUUGUCUAGAGUGCCACACCCUGUGUCACCCUAAAUGCUCACCAUGUCUUCCGGCAACCUGCGGUCUGCCGGCUGAGUAUGCCACUCACUUUUCAGAGGCUCUGUGCCGAGAAAAGGCAAACUCGCCUGCACUGCAGGUCAAAGAGGCCAGUGGGCAUGUUCGCUUGGAGGGAUGGAUGAAGCAGCCUAGAAAUGGAAAGCGGGGCCAACAAGGCUGGGAAAGGAAGUAUGUGGUGCUAGAUGGAACCAAAGUGUCAAUCUAUGACAGUGAGCCCAGAGAGGACUGCAUGAAGGCUGAGGAGGAGUUUGAGCUCUGUAUGCCUGAUGGAGAGGUGACUGUUCAUGGAGCUGUUGGAACCUCUGAGCUCAUCAACACUGCCAAGUCAGACAUCCCAUAUGUGUUGAAGCUGGAGUCCCAUCCCCACACCACCUGCUGGCCAGGCCAGUCCCUCUAUUUCAUGGCUCCCAGCUUCCCUGACAAGCAGCGCUGGGUGGCUGUACUGGAGUCUGUGGUGGCUUGUAGCCGUGGAUCUAAGGACAAAGUAGAUGCUGAUGCUAAGCUUCUGGGGAACUCCCUGCUGAAGCUGGAGGGUGACGACCGUUUGGACAUCAACUGCACUCUGCCUCUCACUGACCAGAUCGUGUUGGUCGGCUCUGAGGAGGGUUUGUAUGCUCUAAACGUCAUAAAGAACUCUUUGACCCACAUCCCCGGACUGACCUCCGUCUUUCAGAUCCAGAUCCUAAAGGAGCUCGACAAGCUGCUAAUGAUCACCGGAGAAGAGAGGGCACUGUGUCUGGUGGAGAUCAAGAAGGUGAAACAGUCUUUGUCACAGUCCCAUCUCCCGGCUCAGCCUGACCUCAACCCCUUUAUCUUUGAGACAGUCAAGGGAUGCCACCUCUUCUCCUCUGGAAAGAUUGAUAAUGGGACUUGUAUCUGUGCCGCUAUGCCCAAUAAGAUUACAAUUCUGCGACAUAAUGAAAGCCUCAACAAGUUCUGUAUCAGAAAGGAGAUUGAGACGUCAGAGCCCUGCAGCUGUAUCCACUUCACUGGCUAUAGUAUCAUUAUUGGCACCAACAAGUUCUAUGAGAUUGAGAUGAAGCAGUACGUGCUGGAAGAGUUCCUGGAUAAAAACGACGUAACGCUAGCUUCAGCUGUCUUCGCCGCGUCCUCCCACAGCUUCCCCAUCUCCAUCAUCCAGGUCACGACUGCUCCACAGAAGGAUGAAUACCUGCUCUGUUUCCACGAGUUUGGUGUGUUUGUGGAUGCAUAUGGCCGCAGGAGUAGAAGUGAUGAUAUCAAAUGGAGCCGUCUGCCUCUCUCAUUUGCCUAUAGAGAGCCGUACUUGUUUGUGACCUACUUCAAUUCUCUGGACGUUAUUGAGAUUCAGGGACACGCUGCGCUGGGGCCUCACUCAUAUGCACACCUGGAUAUCCCAAACCCACGCUACCUGGGCCCAGCCAUCUCCUCUGGGGCCAUCUACCUGGCCUCGUCCUACCAGAACAAACUGAGGGUCAUCUGCUGCAAGGGCAACCUAGUCCAGAGCCAAGAGGGUGGAGGAGACCUGCAGCGUAACGGCUCCGGGCGCAGCCCUAACAAGCGCGGGCCUCCAUCCUACAAUGAGCACAUCUCUAAAAGGCUGGCAGCCAACCCCCUAGUUCACGGAGAUCCUGGCACACCUCACCGCUACCGAGAGGCUCGCACAGAGUUUCGACGGGACAAGUCCCCCAGCCGUCCACUGGAGAGAGAGAAGUCUCCUGGCCGGAUGCUUGAGAGCCGGAUAGUGGGGUCUCCGGGCAGGGCCAUGGCUGACCCCCGGUUAGAGCGCUCCCCGGGCAGGGCCAUGGCAGACCCUCGCAUGGACCGCUCCCCUGGCCGGAUGAUGGACGUUCGUAGAGAGAGGUCCCCCGGACGAUUUGAAGAGCGCCAAAGGCUUCAUACUGGCUCUGGACGCACGCCCAUAAACCCUGUUAACAAGGUAUGGGACCAGUCAUCUGUUUGAGAUACAGCAGAGUUACAUGCCCAGCAUCGACAGAAAAAUUCAUCUUUGGAAAGGGAAGGGAGGAAACCGAGAACCAGUGAGAAUGUCACCAACUCAUGAUGAAACACUGCCACACAUCUGUUUUGCCUGGCUUCUAAGCUGAAAAACCCACAGAGGAAAAACGACUGUAGCUGAUAGAACAGAACGAGAACAAGAGAAAUAAAUAGAUGUCAUUCGAAUCAGGUUAUUUUUCCUCAAUGAACUGACCCAAGUCAAUAAAGGUCAACAAAAUGCCAUAUUAACAAUGUGAGCAGGGUUUUUUGCAAUGUAUUUGAGUAUGUGCUCUGUCCUCUGAGAAAGUAGUAAUUUGAUUUUAUUUCGUCAACAACAACAACAACGAAAAAAAAAAAAAUCUGGGAUUAGAGUUCUCAAUUUAAGACUUGCCUCAUGGGUUUCACUAUCCUCAGUUAACUCCCGACAGUAGAGACUAUAAUCGAUAAGCACAGCUGUAGCAACAUUAUCUUACUAGUCAAUUCCUAAAUAUUCGCCGUGACUGAAAAUAUUAUAAAUACAACUGGCACCUUUCCACACUCAGCUCUGUCCACAGUAGCUUAAGAUCAGGGCAGGAGGGCAGUGUACAUCUAAUAGCAUUUCCGGCUCCAGCCCUGCAUUGACAUGUCAACUCACAAUCAUUAUCAGCUAAUUACAAUCAUUCUCUACCAACCUCAGUCUUCUGUCCAGACUUUGGUUCGUUACGGUGACAGGACUUGGCUGGAGCACAAAAAAAUUUGAAUAAAAUUUAAAUUUAUGAACCCUGAUAUAUGAAGCCCAGUAGAACCAUACACUAAGUGAUUGUCUGCCCUUGGAUAGGUUCGAGACUAAAACUGCACUACCCACAAUCCCCAGCAGCGAUGGAGCAGGACCUUUCUAAUCCUUCAGAAUGCUAUCUGACUGUAAAUAGACAAGACAUAAUUUUAUAUCUAUUGAGAAGGAAUUUCAAGGCUGGAUAAGCCAUGUCUAUUUUUGUUAAAGAAAAAAGUGAUUACGUGUCCUCUUGAAUGUCCAAUGAGUAUUCUUUUAAUAUGUCCAAACGUCUUUUAUCAAGUGAGUGAUUGUAUCUGGGUCCAACUCAUGUAUGCACUUCUGUCUGUCAAAGGCAAAACCUCAGUGCUGAAUUAUAUGACAGGAGGGGGAAAAAAAGAUCAUGUUUGAAGCUUACAACAUAGUACUUGAGCAUUUCUUUUUGUACAAUGUCCCUUAGUAUUGUAUAUAACCCAAAACAGUUCAAGGUGAAGAUGAAAAUAAUCUUCGUUUUUUUCCUGAUUCGUAAAUGGCAUGGAUAUGUAUAUCUGAAAUGAAACGGAGUGUUGUCUUCUGCUUCUGCCUCAUUUGGGUUAUAUUUUUAUUCCACAAUUUAAGAAUGAGGCACGUGAAUAACAUCUCCUUCCUUUUAACUGUUACCUAUUUGCACACUAAAUUCUUAUCAUUAUAAUAACUAAAUCUCUUGUUUUUCCUUUUAUUAAGGCACUCUUGGCAAGUUAAACAUCCAGUCCAAACUUAAAAGACAUUAAAUCCGUCCACAUCUAUUUUAGCUCUCAUUAAGCUGAUUAAAUUGAUUUUAUUUCUAUAUAUCAUAACUUGAUCUAUGGAAAUAGAAUAUCUUUGUGGUUUGUAGUAAUGUUUUUAGAAUAUAAACAGAUGAGAGGCCACAUUUUAACUUGCCCAGUGUGUCUGUCAACAGUAGGGCGCUAAAUAGGAAGAUUUUUCUUCAACUUUCUGAAUCCACUAAUGCUCUUUUUAGACGUAAGAAAUCUUCCUGAAUGUAUUUAAGCCAAGAAGAAGGAGCAGAUUCAUUAGUCACAAAUGUUCAACAGAAAGCACCCAAUGCUACAGAUUGCACAAGUUUUCUACUGGUCUCCAUAGGACUCCAUACAGAAGGGUUUCCCAUUCUGUUUUAUUUUAUUGUUAUGUUCUUUUUAAUCUGUUUUUCUUUUCACAUGGUCCUGAAUCACAAUGCCGUAACGCUGGAUAUGAUAUUGAUGUCUGCUAACAAAUGUUUUAUUAGCGUUCCCUGUAGAGAUUUUGUCACAGAAUAUUAAA